AUGAUGUCCUCCUCGAAACACGGCACCGUCCUCAUCCACACGGCGGACGGGUGCCGCGAGGAGCGGCCGGUGCCGCACUUUGCAAACUGCCGCCUGGCGCGGCUCGGAGGCCACCAGGCCGGCCCUUCGACGCGAGUGGUGCUGUUGGCUUUUAGCCUGCGGACGACUGGGUGUGGCCGAGCCUGCGCUGACGACCGGGUGUGGCCGAGCCUGCGGAUGACCGAGGCCGAGGCGUGGCAGCGCUCCUCGCCCUUCUUGGGCGCCGAAGGCCCCUCGGCCAUUCCGCGGCACAACCCGCUCCUCGAGCAAUCAUGUUAUAUCAGUCCUCCACCGUCAACACGCAAGGAAGACCAUGGAACCCCUUCAACUACAGGCAACCCGCUCUUCGAUGUCGGCUUCGUGCGGCCCGGCAGCGACACGAACAUCAACCGCGCCUGCCGAGCCAUGUCGCACCUGCUGCCAAUCAACUGGCCGGCGCCCCGCGAGCUGAGGACGAGAGGAUGUCGAGGAUGCACCGACGAGAGUCAGACCCUCUCGCCAGCCUCGACUGACCGGCCGGGCCGCGAGAUGAUGAUGGUGAUGCCAAGGCGCCGCCUCCUCCAUGCCGUGGGCGCCGCCUCCUCCAUGUCGUGGGUCCUCGCGAGCGGCAGCACCGCCCUCAUCCCCACACCGACCAGCGCCGAGGCGGCGUGGUGCGUGCGCAACGGAGCCGAGUGCGGCGCCAUCGCGGCGGCGGCGCACGCGCUGAUGCGGGGUACCGCCCCGAGGCGCCGCCGCGAGGCAAGUUCCGCCUGCCCGCACCGUGACGCGAAGGGGCGGCGCCUCUGCCACGGCCACGUCCUCUUCUACGUGGCCAACUGCUCGGACGACGACUUCGACGCCUUCCUCGAGCCCGGGCCGGACGGCGACGACGAUCCCGAGGUGAACGCCACCGCCCUCCGCGCCUGCCUCCUUCAGCACGAGGCGCAGGCCUCCGCGCUCGACGACCACUGGCAGCGCUGCUGCGGCGUGUCUGCGGAGGACGGCGCCGAUGCAGAGGCGGAGGCGGCGGCGGCGGAAGAGGAGGAGGGGGAGAGUGAGGGGGAGGCGGAGGCGGGGGCACCUGUGACGGCCCCCUACAAGAAGGGCGACUACCGGUUCGCGCGGGAGAAGAAUUGCGACCUGCGUUUGCUCGACUUCGAGACGUUCGGCGGCUUCGGGGACGGCGUCCGCAAAAUUCUUCGGCAGGCGGCGGACCAGCUGAGUAACAAACUUUCGCACGCUCAGCACCUCGAUGAGGUCACAUGGACCACCAAGAACUGGCACGGGCUGCAGAUGCAGCGCUUGUCUGUCGUCCUCCACACCGCCGUGCUGAGGGGAGGGGACGGUCGACUGGGCCGGUGCAGGCGAGUGGAGGGGCCCCUGGCAGAGGCGUUCACAGCAGUCACAGGGGGACCACUCAUGGGCUUCGUGCUGCUUUCGCUUGCGAGCGCCCUCCUCACCGAUGGUGAUCCGCGCACGUAUGUCGCCGACAACUGCGAAGACAGAGCGGGUGGAGAUCAGUGCCGUGCCUGGGCAAGCGAGGGCGAGUGCGAGGAGAAUGCGGGGUUCAUGCUCACCGAGUGCGCUGCCUCGUGCAGCGCCUGCACGUGCUCGCGGCCGAACCAAACGGCGGCCGUGGAGGUGGGAGGCAUCGGCCGCAUGUUUGAGCGCAUCGUUCAGAACUACCCACAGUUCGCGCCGCAUGUUGUCUCGAGGGAUCCGUGGGUGCUGGUGCUUGAGAACUUUGUCUCUCCGGCAGAGGCGGAGGCGUUCAACGCAGAGUGCUCCGACCACUGGCAGACCACGAUGAAUCCGGGCCAGCCCGAGAAGUGUCAGCCCAAAUCGCUCUCGUGCGACCACCACGUCGACGUUCUGGAGCAGCUCCCGGUUGUGCAGCAGGUGAAGCGGCGGAUCUCCGGGCUGACCAUGACGCCGAUGCCGAACCUCGAGAAGAUGCACGUCCAGCGGUAUGAGGUUGGGAUGGAGUUCACGGCGCACCACGACCAGGUGGGCCGGAUCGACACGCCCGAGGGGAUGCGCACAGCCACGCUCGUCAUGUACACGCUCGAGCCCGAGGAGGGCGGCGGCACCACCUUCAAGGACAUCAACUACACGGUGGAGGCUCGCUUGGGGCGCGCGGUUCUCUUCGCCAAUCUCAUGGACGCGAACGUGUCGCUGCCUGAGCUUCUCACGCACCACGAGGGAAGCGUCGUCCAGCGCGGCACCAAGGUUGCGGUGUCGCAGUGGAUUCGUCAGUACGACUGGCGCACGCCGAACAACCGCUUCUGCCGAGCGUCUAAGGAAGCAGCCGCACAGGGCGCCCUCAGGUCGUUCGACUAUCUCAACGACUACUUGGAGGCGAGGCGCGCCGCGGGGCUGCCUCACAUAGUGCCUCUCUCCCUCGCGGACGACUACGGGCGGGUCACCACGAAAGAGGCAACGGGCCACGUGGAGCGUGGGACGGCGUUGCUCGAGCGAGCCAUGCUGCGUGAGUCCAUCCUCCCGCUGCGACGCUCGCCAAGCCAGCAGGCGGACGACGAGGAGGAGGAGUCGACGCGCGCCAUGCUCCUCGAGGCGCUCGCGAGCUUCCGCGUCGCGCUCUCGGCCAUCGAGGCCUUUCCGAAGGUGAAGCCGCAGUACUCUGAGGGGGCGGCGCUGCUCGCGCUCGGCGACCACGAGGCCGCGCUGCCGGCGCUGCGGCGGGCACAGGAGGUCGAAGGCGGCCUGGCUCCACUCUGCAUCGCGGCCAGCCUCGGGCACGAGCUGGUCGUUCGCUUCUUGCUGCGCGAGGGCGCCGACGUGGAAGAGCGCGCGCGCGGUUUGACGCCGCUCUUCUACGCAUCGCUCUACGGCAGGGUGGAUGUCGCGCGCCGGCUCGUGGUCGCCGGCGCGCAGGUGGAUCGCGUCAGUGAGGGCGGGGGCACCCCGCUGCAGGCAGCGAAGGCCCAGAAGCACUGGGCUGUGGUCCAGCUGCUGCGGAUCGCUGGAGCGCUUGGGUAG